UACUAGACGUCUAGAUCUAGACUGGAUAUCUAUCUAUAUAGUCUAGUCACAUCACUAUGACCUAACUAGUACUUUGAGUAACAUGCCAUGGAAUCGAAGGUCAAGGAGUCCAGACUAAGUGGAAGUGAUUCCUUGUUGGACUGGACUGGACCUCACACCAUUUUUAUACCUCGAGGAGCUGAAGGGGGAUUUGGAUUUACACUCAGACACUUUGUGGUUUACCCACCCCAGUCUGUCCUUGAUAGUACAGAUGAACAGAACACUAGCUCUAAAACUAAAGGUCCCUAUCCCCGACUUUGUAGAGAGUGGAGUCUAGAACCUCAGGACACAAUAUUCGUCAAGAGUGUGAAGGAAGCAAGUCCAGCUUACUAUGCCGGUCUAAAUACUGGUGACCGCAUCAUUGCUGUGAAUGGUGAUUCUAUUUCUGGCAAAUCUUACAGAGAUGUCAUAGCAGCCAUCCAUCACAGUGGCAGUACAUUGAAGUUGCUUGUAGUCCCUAAAGAUGAAGAUAUACUACAAAUGGCCUACCAAUCCCAAACUGGGGACUCAAUGUACUCCAGCACUAGUUCACUUGCUGAUAGCAGGCUGUCCAGUCAUAGCCAAAAUUUAAAUGUGGCCUCAUCUGUUGGCGACCUGAGGACUGAUGGUCAAGCAGGUCAUAACAAGGUCAAGGAUUUUGUUUAUCAUCAAACAAGUGCCCAGUCCAAGGAAACAAGUCCAGCCAUGACCACUAAUGUUACUUGCAGCAUUCAAGGAAAAUCAAAAUACUCUUUUGGCCUUUACUUUCCCCCAAAAUCUGGCGCAGCAAUGAAUGAGCCUGGCACCAUGGGAGUGUCUGAGAGCAACUAUGACGAAACAUCUGCCAGUCAUGGUGUCAGAAAGCCUGUGGUUAGUUACAGGAAAACUUCCCUGGAUGAGAGUGCUGCUUUGUCAGCCUCAGCCAAAUCCAGAGAGUACUUCAUCAGGUAUUCAUCAGACAAGGCAGCUAGUGAUCAGCGUCAUCGCUACUCUCCUCGGCAUUCUGCAUAUGAAAGAUAUUCUUGUGAUAACACUAAACCUACCUAUAUAAUAUCUCGUUCCCAAACUGUGUCUGCCAUUUCCCCCAGCCAGGACUCCAAUAAACAAUAUACUUCGGAGAGUGGCAGCUCUGACAGUGUGGAUCAAAGAGGUGUUGGAGUUAGUGUGUACAGUGGUGGCUCUCACCAGUCAGACUCUAAUAGUGGAUCUCAAACUAUUGUUGUACAUAUACCUGUGGAGCAGCACAAAGUCACUAGAGUGUCAGAGCCCUUGCGGCCGAGUUAUGGCACAACGUUUGCACUGACUCGAUCUCCCAACACUACGCACAUUGAGAUACAAAAGUCUAUUGUGAAGCCAAUAGUGUCUCAGCGGAAGUUUCAGUUUGAAAGUGGCAGGAAUGAAAACACUCCACCUGUGCUCCCUUCGGGGCACAACAGGUACAAAACAGAAAUUGAAAAGAUAAGAACUCAACCCAAAUUUUCUAGCAUUGCCAUGAGAAAGGCAAGUUUUGAACAAUCUCCUGACCGUGACCCGCCAGGUUAUGAGGAUGAAAAUCCAGAAGAUAGAACAGGGCCAUCCGUGGAGACAGCCCAGCCAACUAUUAAGGUCCGAAAGAUGUCCUCUGAACCCUUUAAUGUCAGUCCUCAUCCAAUAGACCGGUGUACUGUGCCCAGCAAUAUUCCAAUUCGAAUUUACAUGACUCCAAGUGGUAGCAGUGUGGACAUUUACACUCUGGACAAUUCUAAAAAUAGACUAAGUCAAGAGUUAAGUCACACUCUCAAGUCAUCUCCUGAGGUCUUCCAGUACUCUCCAUCAGCCAGCUUGUCUGGACCUACAGGGUGUGAGACUGGUACUAGCGGCUUGGCGGACUCUGGCGUCUGGGUCAAGAGCUACCACAGCAGUUCAGACAUGGUGGAUAGUGUGGACAGUUCUGGUGACCAUGGCAACAUGCCCGUGGUUACUGCAGCUGAGUCAGAGGUGAAUCAAAUAUCUCGACCAGCAAGAAAAAGUUCCUACCUGUCAGCUGUGAAUGCUCCUCGUAGUUCAAGUCCUAAAUCUGAAUCUCCCUCUGGUGUGGACAGUCGUACUAGUGUUGUGCAAGGACCUCCAAGUCAUGUGGCGCAGUCUCAAACUUUAGCCACCCCUGAGAGCUCCGUGGUUAAUGCCAACCCACCACGUAUCUUUGUCCAGGCCAAUUACAUGACAGAUAAUCAAUCCAUGUCUUCUAUGGGCUCUAGUCACAGUCUGAGUUCUUUGUCCAGUGGAAGUCUUCCAGUGGUAUCUUCAGUGAUCUCCAGCAAUGAUGGAACAAAUUUAAAUGUACCAAUGAGGAAAAAGUUACCAGCAGAAUCCAUUGAAGAUCAAGCCAGCAAACUGCACAGAAGAACGUCUUACUUGAUGGCUACAGCAAGGGACAGAACUAAUGUUGUGCCAAUAGAGAAAGCUUUUUCUCCCCCACAGUUGGUCACAGACCACCGAAUUCAACCUAGUGUGGGAUCUUCAGCUGGAGUUUCUCCAGGUGGAGUCUCUUCCACUGGUGGCUCAUUAACUGGGAGCUCUUCAAGUGGAAGUCCUGUUACUGGGGUCUCUGCCAUCAAACAUCAAAAUUCUAUUAAGUUAAAUAAAUUUUUUGGUGAAAAUAUUCCCAGCAUUGCUGAGAGUAUGGAAGUAAAAGUUAGUGAGCAAGAAGAAGUUCCUGAAGUGAUCCGUAAAGGUCCUCUUACCUGUAAAGUAUCCGUCAUUGAGGGCAAGAAAUGCAGUGACAGAAGCUGGAAGUCAGUGUAUGCUAUAUUACGCCAGACUGAGAUGCUUCUGAUGAGAGAGAAAGAAGGCAACACUACCCUUCAUGAAGACCAUCAUAUCCCUCUGAAGUCUUGUAUGGUGGAGUCAGCUAGAGACUAUGCUAAAAAGAAAAAGAAUGUUUUUCGACUGAGCACCUUCAAUGAGUGUGAGUAUUUAUUUCAAACAGAGGAUCGUGGAACAAUGCUGUGCUGGAUUCAAGCUAUCAAGUCAAUCAAUGAACCAGAGAAAGCUGAAAAGAUGGAAGAAAUGAUUGCUUCAGAAAGGGAGAAAACUCUCCAGACUAAUAUAGAAGCAGGUAGCAGCAAGAUGUCUCCACAAAUGGGUCAGAAAGUCAAGAAACUCUCAGCGCUGUCUUUCAAGUCUAAGCUGACCUCAUCACCCAGUAUGAGGCGAAAAAAAUCCAAUGCUUCAGAGAAAGAUAAAGAUGAAAGUUUGAAAAAAGGCUGGAAAGGGAGGCUACCCAUGAUGAAAAGUUUAAAGAAACACAAUGAGGAGCCUAGUUUGAGUUCUUUGACAGAACAGGAAGUAGACAAUGAUAAGAUGCAGUUUGGUGUGCACCUAGAGGAUUGUUUCCCUUCCCCUCAUAAUGAAUUUGUGCCUCUGAUUGUUGAAUUAUGUACCAGAAUAGUUGAAGCUCGUGGAUUAGAAGUUGUAGGAGUUUAUCGAGUUCCUGGUAACUCUGCUGCAGUCAACGCCCUUACAGAGGAAUUCAACAGAGGCAUUGACACUGUCAACAUUGACAAUGAAAAACUAUUGGACAUCAAUGUAAUCAGCAGUCUUCUGAAAUCAUUUUUUAGGAAACUACCAGAGCCGCUGAUACCAGCAGAUAUGUAUGAUGCCUUCAUUGAAGCUAACCGUUAUCCAGAUGAGGACAAGAGGAAAUUAAAAAUCAAGCGCCUCCUCCACUUACUUCCCCAACACAAUAAUGAAACAUUUAAACAUAUGGCAGAACACUUAAAUAAAGUAGCGUCUUAUGGAAAUAUCAAUAAAAUGGACGCCAAAAAUCUGGCCAUUAUGUUUGGACCAACACUUAUUCGUAAGAAAGGGGAUGACACAGUUUCAUUGGUAACAGAUAUGUCAGAUCAAUGUCGCAUUGUUGAAAGCAUUAUACUACAUCAUGAAUGGUUCUUCAGUGCCUGGGAUCAAGACAACUAUAUCCCAAUGUUCACCACAGUAGAAACAGUGAAUGUGGAUGAUGGUCAAUCAGUACUCAAAGAUGAUGAUGAAGAGGCGGACUCAGCAAUCAGUGCUAAACAAAUCAUCUCUUCAAUAGUUGGUGCCGCUAGCAGGAAACUCAGAAAUCAACAAGCUCAAAGCAACGACUCCCUGGACAUGGUGGACACUUGUAGCCUGGCCACUACCAGUUCCACAACCUUCAACUUGGACUCAACGUCUCGAACUAAAUCCCUUUCUUCCAUUGCUUCCUCACGCAGUGCCUCAGAAGAAUAUUUGGAACGCAAGUCUUCCAGUCGGCAAAUGGAUAUCAGGAAAGCUGCUCCCAUUGCCAACUCAGAGCCAGAUUUAAUGGAGUUUGAAUACGCUGAUGCUACAAGUCCAACCUCGUUAAAUUUCUCCAGACAUUUCUCAGAUGAUUCUUUAACAGAUAAAAAUGACGAGUUGGAAAUUUCUCAUGGUCUUCCUAGCAGCUUGAGUCGAGAUGCUAUCCAUCAAACUUUAAAGAGAAUUGGCAAUGAUGUCAGCACUCUCCUUCACACAUUUGAACAGAAGCAGCUGAAAGACAGAGAGAGACGUCGCUGGCAACAAGAGAUGAUCGAGAGGGAACAUCUCCGAACUCAGCUGGAACUUGAGCAGGAGGAGAAUCAUAGUGUGGAGGACUGGCUAGCCUGGAAAGGAUCCCUCCCUGUAUCUCGUAUGCCAGAUCUGGUGUCCAGCUCCUAUCUUGGACCAACAUACCCUUAUGAGGAAACUAAAUUUAAGUCUAGUGCUGAAAGUAAAAUUGAGACCAAAAGAGUAGCUCCUCAGUCACUAAGUUUGGCUCCUCAACAAAAUCAAAUCACCAGAGUAGGCUCCCAUGAAGACAUUUUAUCUCAAACUAAAUUUCAGAAAUAUGAUGCCGGUCACUCUGUGACCUUGAGAGGUCAGAUCAAACAUAAACCUCCAGAAAACGUGAACAAGUCAUUUCAGACUUCGACUGGGAUUGACAAAAUCUCCAAUCGUCCAUCUUCUGUAAGAACUAGUUCUAACCGGCGCCAUGGUUCACUGGACUCACUUAUUGACAUGAUAGAGAAGCAAGAGAAACGAGCCUCCUGGGCUUCAACUGAUUCUGAGGAUGGUUCAGAUUUACUGACUAGCAUUACUACUACCUUUGACCAGAAACUGCAGAUUCUACUGAACCCAAAGUACAAACUCACUGGACGUAAGACUGACCCAUUCAACGCUGACCAUCCCAAAGAGAUCUCUGUUAAUUCAAGUGACUCUCAGAAAUCUAGAAACUCAAGUACAAGUUACUCAUUUCUAGAUUCCACUGAGAAAUCUUUUCGAGAUCCAAGCCUUCACCGUUCAGCUAAAUCAGACCCUAAAAUAGGAAUUGCUUCUCGUUUUGAAAGAAAUGACUCAUCUCGAGUUUCACCUGUUUCAAUGAUUCUGUCUGAGACUUCGAAUUUGACCCAGCCGAAGAAAAAUCAGUUCCCAGAUUUUAAAUCUUUUCUAACCCAGUCUCAUGGCACAGAUCAACAAGUUCCUGUAGUGCUGACUCAGCCCAAAAAACUAGACACGAGCCCAAGGUCUACUGGGGUGAAAAAAAUAGAGGUUAAAUCUCAAACUUCCAGCUCACCUCGACAAGAAAUAAUUAACACUCUAACAAACAAAAACACUUAUCACCUUGACAACAAGGAAAAUAGGAAAAGUCACAAACGUCGACGCCACACUGUUGGUGGAAUGGAAGAUUUCGACCACAUGGUGGCGUUGACUAGAGCUUGUGCAGACAUUAGUCAGCAAAGGUUGUCUGCUUGGGAACAGCUGCGGCCUGCUGUCAAGGAGGAUAUGCCUCCAGGAGACAUGCAGACUUGGAUCCACAAGGAACGACUACGAGGCAGUACUCCAGAUUUGUCAUUGUCGUCAAGUACUGGCAAUUGACAUUGCUAGUGAUGUUUUCAGAUGUCAGCUGUUACUAUUUCAGCACUGACUAAGGACACCCCUGUUUAUUGCUUCAUCCGAUUUGCUUUUUCUUUCACAUUGAGACAAAUAAUUGUGCAUAGAUACUUGGCUUGCCCAAACUGACCAUUGUUGAUUCAGCUGCUAGUCUUGCCUUGAUGAGUUUGUUGCUAAUAUUCACUCACUGAGUUGUGUCUAGGCUUAUCAUAGUGGACUCUGUACAUAAAACACUGACCUAAAGAUGACUUUGUUAUCCCAAUGUUCAGCUUCUGUUGGUUGUAAUUGUUUAUGGUGUAGAUAAUGUUUCUGCUUUCUUCCUGUUUUUUUUGUAAAGUAAUUAUUUGAGAAAGAUUUAGAGAUUUGCAUCUUCAACAAGAUAAUUCUAUAAUUAUAAUUUAAAUAAUAAAAAGCAUGACUUUGAA